AUGGAGGCCUCCCGCCCCUUCGCCCCGCCCCCCGGGCCCGGAGCGGCCUCCGAGAGGCCGAGGGGCCCCGACGGCGCGGGCCCCGGAGAGGCGGAGAAGGGCCGGGCGGCGUCGGGGGGAUGGGCGUCCGGUCCCCCGGGCCCGGAGGAGGCGAAGGCCCCCGGGCCGCGGGAGGAGCCCGGCGUGGUGCAGGCCUUCGUCGUGCUGCAGCCCAGGCUGCGGCGCUGCGUGGCCAUCAGCAUCCAGGACGAGCUCUAUUUCCAGGAGAUCGAGGUGGUGCGGCUCGACGGGCUGCAAGGAAGCGGCGCCGGGGGAUCCCGGCAGAAGGAAACCCCCACCCCGACCACGGCCCCCGCCCAGGUUUAUGAGGGUCAAGAUGUGAUGGGGAGAGAGAUCCACCAUGUAGUUGGAGGGAAGGCACUUUCUGGACCAGAGACUCUUUUGGAAAGAACAAAAAGGAGCCACCUUAUGGCAGAAGAAGGAAAGCACUUGGAAAGUGAAGAAAGAGUGAAAAGUAAUCAGUCACGGUCCCACUCUGAGAUUGAAGAACCACAGGAUAUGUCUCCGUCAGUACAGACGAUCGCCGAAAGCAGAUCCACCAAAGACCAAGUAAAGGGAAUGGGAGUAAAUAAGACCUUCCAUUGUGACAUCUGCAAAUUCACCACUUCUAGACAGUCAAGUCUCAAUCGCCACUUGAAAAUACAUUCUGACGUUAAACCCCACGUGUGCCAUCUCUGUUUGAAAGCCUUCCGCAGUGCUACUCUUUUGAGGAAUCACGUGAAUACCCAUACAGGAACCAAACCUUAUAAAUGCGGAGACUGUACUAUGGCAUUUGUGACCAGUGGUGAACUUGUGCGACACAGACGGUACAAGCACACUCAUGAGAAACCUUUUCAGUGUACAAUAUGCAAAUAUGCCAGUGUAGAAGCUAGCAAGUUGAAGCGACACAUCCGUUCUCACACCGGAGAACGCCCUUUUCGCUGUCGUCUCUGUAGCUACGCUAGCAGAGAUACCUACAAACUGAAAAGACACAUGAGAACUCAUUCAGGGGAAAAACCAUACGAAUGCUCUGUGUGCCAAACCAAAUUCACCCAAAGAGGUACUAUGAAAAUUCAUAUGUUGCAGAAGCAUACCGAAAAUGCCCCCAAACACCAGUGUCCACAUUGUGGUACCAUGAUUGCGAGGAAGAGUGACCUACGUGUCCACUUGAAGAAUCUACAUUCUUACAAGACCACAGAGAUUAAAUGUCAUUACUGUUCUGCUGCCUUUCAUGAGCGCUACCUACUCCUACAGCACCAGAAAACACACAGAGAUGAAAAAAGGUUCAAAUGUGGUGAUUGUGAUUAUGCCUGCAAACAGGAGCGUCACAUGAUAGUGCAUAAGCGUACGCAUACUGGGGAGAAACCCUUUUCCUGCCUUCACUGCAAUAAACGUUUCCGUCAGAAGCGACUCUUAAGUGUUCACUUCAGGAAAUAUCACGAUGAGAAUUUUACUCCGAUAGUUUAUGAAUGCCCCAAAUGUGGGAAGGCCUUCUCACGCUUGACUAAUAUGAACAAACACCUGGAGCAUUGCGAGCCGGAUAAAUCCAAGGCCGUCACAUCGAGGAAUGGAAGAGAGACUAAAAAGAAAGGAUGGAAGAACGGCAAAUGCAAAAUUAAAAAAGAAGUUAGUACGCAGACAUCGGUUGGAGAUACGUCCGAGAUGAAAUCAGAGCACGGUACAAGCCAAACUGUUCCUGUCUUAAGUGGAGAGAUUUCAAGUGUUGUAGAGAAGGUGAAAAAAGAAAUGUCACAUGAAGUGAUACUCAGCCAGAUGGAUAAAUGAAUCAUAGAAGCUUUGUUUUCCAAUUUCGUACCUGCUUUGUUAAAGAAACUUAGAUAUUUUCUGCCCCGUGGAAAUAUCUUAUGAAGUCUGUUGUUCUAAAACUCCCUAAAAUGUAUUACAGGAUGUGAAUCUGUAUGGCUGAUGAGGCAUCAUACGAUGGUAAGAAAAGUGUUGCUUUUUGUCUUAAGACUGCAUCACUGAUUUGAAAGCAUAAACUUUAAGAAAUUCAUUCAGAUAUCAGUUCAGUAGUUCCUAAUUGAUUAAACAAGAUUAAAUCUCUUGAAAGAAUAGACUGUUGAUGUUUGUGAUAAAACUAGGCAAUUACAGUUAAAGUUAGGCUGGAACCUUAUUGAUGUUUAUAUUUUUAAAAUGUACAUAAUUCUGAAAGUUGAUAUAUGUCUCUUGUAAAUACAAAGGUUGCCUGGGACCUUGAGUCUCUCUUUUCCAGUAAUAAUGGUUUUAUUUAAUUUUAAAUGGAUCUAGGUAGUAGGAUAGAUUCUAAUAGGGCAAAGCAUGUAAGAGAAGAAACAAGGAGGAUUCAGUUUUUUUUAAUGAUGUAUUUAUUUUACAUCACUUUGGGAGAUACUUCACGAGAUUGGUUUUUCUAUUUGUUUUAGUCCACAUAUUUGAACAUUCGUCUAAGUGUUUUAAUGCAGUUAUCUUUCUGAAAUCGUCCAUAGUUUGAGUCUGAAAUAAUGUAUUAAUUAAUUCCUGUACUCUUCAGGUAUUUCAGUAAUAACUGAUGGUGGGAUGAAGUAUUUUGAUAAAAGUUAAGCAUUUGUGUCUUUUAAUGGUUUAUAUUGUGUGACUUGUUCUAAUUAAAGGUUUCUAUUUUGUCUGCUGUGCUCCUCUUC